AUGAAACAGAAUAUAGUAAAAUUACCGACCGAUGACUUCAUCGUCACAUAUCGAGGCGAUAUCGUCGAAAAUCGACAUCAAGUCCACGCUGCUAUCGUUGACGCCAACGGAAAUAUGCUUUACACCGUCGGAGAUCCUUCUCGUGUGACCUUGAUCCGUUCAGCGGCCAAACCAGCUCAGGCAUUGGCAAUCAUGGAGACCGGGGCGUCUGAACACUUCAGUUUCAAUGAUGCAGAUCUGGCACUGAUGUGUGCAUCACAUAACAGUGAAGAAAGACAUGUCUCUCAGGCACGUUCAAUGAUAGCCAAGGUGGACGCCAAAGAAACAGACUUGCGCUGUGGUGGACAUGUCGCCCUAUCAGAUGCAGUGAACAGGGCGUGGAUCAAAGCUGAUUAUACACCAACGGGCAUCUGCAACAAUUGCUCGGGCAAGCAUGUGGGCAUGAUAGCUGGUGCUAAAUGUCUAGGCGCUGAUGUCUCCGACUAUCAUCUUUCCGAGAACCCCAUGCAAUUAUUGGUUAAACGCGUCGUUGAAGAUCUGACCAAGUUGAAGGAAGAUGAGGUCAAAUGGGGGAUAGAUGGCUGCAAUCUACCAGCACCGGCUAUACCAUUGUAUGCUCUAGCGCAAAUGUUUGGCACUCUCGCGGCAGCGGUCGACUCGGAUGAAGGCAGCAUUUCACAAGAAAGAUCACAAAACUUGGCACGCAUCUUUCAUGCAAUGACACAACAUCCCGAACUCGUCGGCGGCGAGGGCCGAUUUUGCACUCGGCUCAUGACAGCUUUUCAGGGAAGUCUAGUUGGUAAACUUGGAGCAGAAGGCUGUUAUGGGAUGGGUAUACGGGUGGCGGAACAAACCAAGAAUCUGGGAACCGACACCGCCCUCGGGAUUGCUAUUAAAAUUGAAGAUGGGAACAUCCAAAUUUUAUACACGGCAUUAAUGGAGAUUCUUGAGCAAAUCGGGGUUGGUACACCAGAGAUUCGAAGAGAACUUGCUGACUUUCAUCAUCCUAAGCUUCUAAAUACUGCGGGUGUUGAGAUAGGCCAUUUUGACUGUGCUUUCAAAGUUAGGGCUGUUCGAUAG